CUGAGGGGACCGUGGACAGCUCCGGUGUGAGCGGCAGAGUAACGCCGGAGGAGGAGAGGAGGACAUGGGGGAGGACCAGGCCCGGACCACCGACACUAACACACCGAGUUCAUGUGCACACGCCGGGGAGGAGACGCGAACACACCGAGGAGCCGGAGAGGCCUGACGAGCACCGGGGAGCAGCCGACGGAGUGAAGCCACCGGGGCGGGGGGGGGACGCGGUUCUGACCCAUCCCGGGGAGCAGUGGCGGAGGGACGGACAAGGAGGAGAGAAAAUUCCGCUCGACCGGAUGGACUGAGCCAGAUGAAUGAAGACUGCCUACACUAACGCCUAUCGAUGCCUGGCCAAGGACCUGGACGCUUACGCCAUGAACACGGACAUGACAAUGGACGGCAUCGGCAGCCUCCACGGCGGGGUGGCGGUGAGCUCCGUGGCCCCUGACGCGGAGCUGAUGAGCGGCCACAGCCCGCAUCACGGCCGCGGCGGCUCGUCGGGAGGACACGGGGCGGCGGCGGCGGCUGCGGCGGCGGCGGCGUCCACCCUACGGAUACACCAGGACCUGGCCUCCCGCUCGGCCAUGGUGUCCGGCAUGGCCACCAUCCUGGACGGCAGCGGGGAGUACCGGCCGGAGCUGUCGCUGCCGCUGCACCACGCCAUGAGCGUCCCCUGCGACACGUCCUCUCCCGGGAUGGGGAUGAGCGGCACCUACACCACGCUGACGCCGCUGCAGCCGCUGCCGCCCAUCUCCACCGUGUCCGACAAGUUCCACCACCAUCACCACCACCACCACCACCACCAGCGGCUGUCCGGGAACGUCAGCGGCAGCUUCACCCUGAUGCGGGACGAGCGGGGGCUCCCGGGCAUGAACAACAUCUACAGCCCGUACAAGGACCACAUGUCCGGGAUGGGUCAGAGCCUGUCCCCGGUGCUGGGCAACGGCCUGGGCUCCAUCCACAACACCCAGCAGGGGCUCCACAACUACGGCUCCACGACGCACGGCGGCCACGACAAGAUGCUCAACUUCGACCACACCGCCUCCAUGCUGGCCCGGGGGGACCACCACCACCAGCACCGAGGCCUCGCCGGCCCCGCGGCCGGGAUGAUGCCGCACCUGAACGGGAUGCACCACCCGGGGCACGCGUCCUCGGCGGGACACCACCCGCACCCCCACCUCCAGUCUCCGAACCACGGGCCCGUGCUGGCGUCCACCCGGGAGCGGCCGCCCUCCUCCUCGGGGACGCAGGGGGGCAGCGGCUCGGGGCAGCUGGAGGAGAUCAACACCAAGGAGGUGGCGCAGCGGAUCACGGCGGAGCUGAAGAGGUACAGCAUCCCGCAGGCCAUCUUCGCCCAGCGGGUGCUGUGCCGCUCCCAGGGGACCCUGUCGGACCUGCUGAGGAAUCCCAAACCCUGGAGUAAACUAAAGUCGGGCCGGGAGACCUUCAGGAGAAUGUGGAAGUGGCUGCAGGAGCCCGAGUUCCAGAGGAUGUCCGCGCUCAGACUGGCAGCCUGCAAACGGAAGGAGCAGGACACGGCGAAGGACCGCAACAACACGCCAAAGAAGUCGCGGCUGGUCUUCACCGACCUGCAGCGGCGCACCCUGCUGGCCAUCUUCAAGGAGAACAAGCGGCCGUCCAAGGAGAUGCAAAUGACCAUCUCGCAGCAGCUCGGCCUCGAACUCACCACCGUCAGCAACUUCUUCAUGAACGCCCGCCGCCGGAGCCUGGACAAAUGGACAGACGACGGAGCCAGCCCCGGCGCCCAAUCGUCGGCGUCGAGCACUUGUACCAAAGCGUGAUAGUAGACGGCGAGGACGGGGAUAAAGGGACGGGGGUCGGGGUGGGUCGACAUGGGAGGGACGGAGGUUUCGUCCGGUCGAAAGCGAGGCGGAAAACUUUUUACGAUAUUUUUGUUUGUCUGUUUUUGCUUUGGGUGACAAACUGAGAGAGGGGCUGCUCACUGCCACGACUUGUUGUAGCCGAAACCGCCUUUUGUUCAAACUCAUCGUCUGUCCAUAUAGAAGCCAAAAAAAAGGGUCAAACUCAUCUCUAAAAACAAAACCUCACUGGGGAGGGGAAACAAAACAACUUUUUGAAUCCUAGGCUUUCACUGCUACACACUAGCCCAGAUACCAAAGACUAGAAGACGUGUGUUUUCUAUUAUGCAAUAUAAGCUAGGAACCAACCAAACAUGAAACCGAGGAAAGCUUUAGGACUGCAGAAUGUGACGGAAGCUCUGUGAUGAGAACAUUUUCUGGUAAACUCUCGAAAUAUCCAAAGACGCAUCGGUUCCGGUGCACAAUUCUCAUUGAGAAGAAGGUUUUAGAAAUUUACAUGAAUUCAGGUCAGCUAGUGGAGUUUUUUUUUUUUUUUAACCAAAUCAAAGACAAACAAGGUUAGAAAGAGAAAAUCUCAGUCUGACAGAAUAACCUCAAUACAAAGUCUAUUAACUAACUUGGACUGAUUGAGAUUAUUUAAUGAAAAAGUACAAAAAUUCUUUAUCUGACUCAGUAAACUGAGGUUUGACUGUGUUGCCGACAAAACUGAUCAAUUUAUCUAUCUUGUAAUUGACAGCUGGAUAAAAAAAAGUGUUAAUUUGACAAUACAGUCUCUGUUUUUACGUUAAAAACUAACCAAAGAUGAGAAAUGAAGAGUUGGUUUCCAAAAUGUUGACCAAAGGAAAACAUGUGAAGACUGAUUACUAUUUUUUUAAACUAAUAACUAACUUUCUUUUGGAAAAUGGUGAAAUUUCUGCCAUUUUACUUGGAUGAAACUCUUCAAUUUUACUUAAAAAAGGCAACAUAUGAUGUUAUUCACAAAAGAAUUAACCAAAAGGCUAGAAUUGAAGAGCUGGUGUCCAAAAUGCUCCAAAAUAAAUGUGUGAAGUUGGAUCUCUUAAAUAUAUAAAGUAGAACUAAAACUGACCAACCCUCUUUCCAAAAAUGAUGAAAUUUCUGUUAUUGUUUUGCACGAGACUCUUCAGUUUCACUUUAAAAAUGGCAACAUGAUCAUUUCCAGAUAACUAAAUGACCAAGAGUUGGUUUCAAAAAUGUUCCAUAAGGAAAAUGUGCGAAGACGAAUUAUCACUAUUUUCAUAACUAAACCAAUUUUCUUUUGGAAAAUGAUGAAAUUUCUGCUAUUUUUUUGGACAAAGCUCUUCAGUUUAACUAAAACAAAAAGGCAAAGUGAUGAUUUUCACAUAACUAAAAGACCAGAAUUGAAGAGUCGGUCUCCAAAAUGUUCCAAAAUGAAAAGUGAAUUUCUGGAAAACUAACUAAAGGUAACCAACUCUACUUUAGAAAAUGACAAAAUUUCUGCCAUUUGUUUUGGACGAAACUCUUCAAUUUUACCAAACAAAAAGCAACAUGUGUUGAUUCGACUCUUUAAAGGGGGCAGUGAGGAUUCUUUAAGGUAGGAAAUGACAAUAUAUGCAAGCACAAACACACACCGACACACACCAAGGCACAUGCAACUUCCUCAUGAUUUGAGCCGACACAUAGAAACGACGAAGCUUCCUCUGCUUACUUAGCAUUCAGUGGAGUCUUAGUGUGACGUGAAUAUGAAUAUGUACAAUGUAUGUGAGCACAAUCUUGAAGCACAUUUUCUUUGCAAUAGAACCGGAGCUCUCCGCCAGCCGAGUGGUCUUCACAUCUUAGAAAAACUCAGGAUGCCAUUUUUUUCUAAACAGUGGCUGAAAUCCAUUCGGCAUCUGUCAUUACACAUCGUACUGUACCGAUGUCCACAGCAACACACACACAGACACACACUUUCGCCAACAAACACACUUGCUUUACAGAAACACAACUUUAAAGAGUCAUUUCCCAGAAUUCCCUGUUUCCUGACCGAUGCUGUCAGCUUAAACCAAAGCUAAGCCCCAGUUUGCCCCGGCUUCACCCACCCCAUCAUAUGUGUUACCAUGGUAACUCAUCCACGAGGACUUUCCACCAAGCCUCUUAGCAUUAAAACAGUCUUUGUUGACAAUUAGAGCAAAGGUUCUGUUUAUGCAGGUGACUGCUGGUGCUGUUUGGUGACCAUUUAUAACCACUGGAGCCAAACCUGUGGUAAAAAGUGGAUUUAGAGAUUUGGAAAUGCAACUUGUAAUGUACAAACUCAACAUGCACCAUCUCUACAACAUCUUCAAGACUGUAUCACUGGCUUCUCCCUGUUUAGAUGGGCAUAAAAUCAUACAAUUCAUUGAACAAAGUCCUUAUUUCAUACAGUAUCCAGAGAAAACCUGCAAUCCUUAACACAAUUAUCUGCCAGAAAAAGCUGUUUUCAUUGGAAUUUCCCAAAAAGUACUUGUGUUUACCCACAAUUUCAAGUAUUACAAGCCAGAGUUAGGCAUUGAAUUGAAGUUCAAAUUACAGAUUGCUGAACAAGUUCAACAGAAUACUGAACUUCAAGAGCUUGUGGGCUUUCGAACCACUAGUUUCUCGAGUCCUUUCAGCCAAAGUUUGUGGAAGAAGCCCAAAUAUAACAAAACAAGGUUGUCUGGCACUCAAGGUCUUGGUAUGCUGUUAGAGAAAGUUACCAAAACUGUCAGAAAAACUUGAAGAACAGAACCUUUUAGGAGAAAAGACCUACAGGAAGCUAGUUCUUAUGUAAUGGCUUUGAAACAUGUCAUGAAUUUGUGCUUACUUCAUUAAAUUUUGACAGCUGAAAAAGGUUGAAACCUGCUCAGACAAAUCAGAUUUUGCCGUUUUGGUGCAAAUCCAGCUGUAAAACUAAGAUGCUUUGUGGACGCCUCACACCAUCACAGAUAUAAACCAAAUAAACCAACCAGUAACUCCCAUCUCAUCGACGCAACCACAGAACCGUCUGAACCAGCGGAGGACGAACUGUCCAGGCGGAUCAGGGCCUUUGUAAUAGUUAAAGAGGACAAUCUAAAGACGAUGCCUGGCGAGUUCGUCUCUUCCAGAAGGUCAGCGGGCUGGAAAACAACCGGAUGUGUGUAAACGCUACAAACAAAUCAGUUUAAUACGGUUUUAAUUUGUUGAGCGACAUCAGCUGCAAUCCAGAUGUCUGAGCAGUAACAAAAACUCAACGUUAGGGUUUUGUUUGCAGCGUAGGAAAGUUGGAUGUUUGGUAAAAGGGAUGUUCAGCCUCAGACAGAUGGACCGAGACACACGAAAGAUUUCUUCGUCUGUCUCUGUGGUUGUUUUGCGUCCGAACAUCCAAAUCCCUCAACCCCCACUGAUUUCAACGUGAUACCGUCACAGUGUACAGCUUUUACACGCGAUGUAAAUACUAACGCACCCAAAAAACCUCAACCGCCAUCACCUCCAGCUCUGUUCUAGCAGCCUUCACCAUCACUUCAUCCAUCAUCUUUCACUCGAGCUAUCAAACCAAAAAAAGAGAAACCAAACCAAAGGAAAGGCGUCAGUCAGCAGCCCCUGCUCCUUAGAAACCCCAGGCUGAGUCUCGGCCUGGUUAGAGGCAAGCCAAAGGCUUUAAGAACGAUUUAAAAUGAAAAAAAAUGGACACGAGACUUUUUCUAUUUAUUGACAAAUCGAAACCAAAGAAAACCUUUUUCUGCACCUAACUGUUCCAACAAACGGAAAAAACUUACUGAAGAUGGAGGAGAAUUAUUACCAAAAAAACAAAACAAAAAAAAACAACAAAAAAAGAGUGGCGGCGACGAUGUUGAGGACGAUGACGAGGAGACGGAGGAUCGAAGGAAGGACGACAUCGCGGGAGUGAAGUAGUAGCUUUGUUCUGCCUGAUGUUGCGUCAGGCCAUCUUUAAGGGGAAGCAAGUUGGGGACUGAAAAAGGGUAAAAAACCACACGGGAAGGAGGGAAGGAACGAAAUCGGAGGAUGCCGGCGACCAUAUUUUCUUCCCUCCGACACCCGAAGUAAAAAAAGGCAGAACAUUAAUGUGUCUCUCACGGUUGAAGAGUGUCUUUAACGUGUGCCUAUGCAGUUUUUCAAAGUAAAAAACGGUUAAAAGAACAACAGAAACCUCAUCAGCUAACAAACCAAAGAUUCACGUCAACUCCAGUAGCAGUCCUCCUCCCCCUGUAAGGGAAAAAAAAACUCCUCUUUUGUUAACCAGCAUGUUGUGGGUUUUAAUUUAUGUUUUCUGCUAAACAUUCUGGGUUAGCAAGUCGGCUAAUCGAGCUAGUUUGUCCUUUAACUAGUAGCAUUUCCUUCAUUCUGUUAGCCUUAUUAAAAUCGACAAACUUAGCUUUGAUUUUUCCUGUAGAGCAUUUUCACAGCUAAAACGUCUUUUAUUUUGACGGGUUGUUCCUUCAGCAUGGAAAAUCCUCAAGUCUCCCAAUACUGAUGACAUCAAACCACAAACUUCUCCACAUUAAGACUAAAAUAUUUAAGAAUCCAUCGUAGUUUUUCACACAGGUCAAAGCCUACCUCCAACAAUUUCCACUAUUCUCAACCAAGAUCCAGAAAAACACCGACUGUUUGAAAUACUUCCACUUUCCAUCUCUGCUUCCACCUAGUCUUAGUAUUCCAGCCACAGUUUUACGUUGUCCCAACUGUUGACGAUGCUAUAUGGAGUGUACAGUGCAUACCAAAGAUUUUCUGCUGUACCAACAGUAGCACACAGUCACCUUUUCUGUCUUCCACAACCAAUCACUUUCUUUGACACUUUUAAACCCAAACCCAGUAAAAAACAGCAAAACUGGAUGGGUUCCAGUCAUUUCAGGCUGGAUUUUAACCAUUUACCAACUAGGAUGCAAAUCAUUUAAAUCAAGAAAUGAAAUACAAACUGGAAAAUGAAGCUAACUGGAAGAACAAAAAUUCCAGAUUUGAUAAUAUGAACUUUGGCUACACUGAACAUGUGCAGAACGUUUGGGGCCUUUUUUAGGGAUAAAGUUACUAAAGAACAUCAGCUGGUAUUGACAGACAAAUGCCAAAAACCCAUUUCUGUCGAUAAGGAAUACCCCAACUAGAAUUUAUUUGUUGUUCUGAGAAACAAGUUCUACUAAUGUUUGCAGUGAAAAGUUUCCUUUUACCUCCCAGAAUGUUCUGAAAGGUACAAAAUCUAACUUUCUACAGUGAGUUCCAUCGAUUACAUUCUCAAAACGUCCACCUUUAUUAAUAUGGAUAGAACGUUCUAUCAUUGAGGGUCUCAAUAACGUCUUAAUGUUUUCUCAGUGUUGCAUUAGAACAUCAUUUAUCUGUUUUCAUUGGGGAAGAACCUUCUACAAUAUGUUCCCUCAAAACAUCCUCAGAACAUUGCAAGAAGAAUGUUCCACCUUUGUUCUAUGUAACAUCACAAGAAUGUUUUCUAAAAAUCAUUUGAGGCUUCGAUAACAUCUGGAACACGUUUUAAUGUUGGUUUCAGAAUGUUCUUUUGUUAUCACGGAACAUGGUAAGAACAUUCUGCAAACUUUCUCAGAACAUAUUUGUUAAUAAAUCAGAUUACAAGAAAGUUCUAUUUUAAAAAAAAAAAAAAUCAUCUGAUGCCUCGAUAACAUCUAAAAAAAUUUCUUUGGAAUGUUAGUUCAAGAACCUUUGCAAUCAUGGAACAACAUCUCUAAAUGUUAGAUCUUUUUAUUACCUUUAAAGGAACAUCAUUUGAAAUGGAAAUAUUCUUAAGACAUUCUUUGAAUAUUUAAUGGGAACAUUCUUCUUAAAGAAUUUCUGGAACCUUUAGGUAACGUUUGCCAGUGUUGUAGGAACAAUGCUAAAAAAUACACUAAUCAGUUUCAUUGAUCAUAGUGAAAAUGUUGUUCUAUGAGCAGUCCGUAUACGUUACAUGUUCAGUUUAGCCACGGGACUAAAAUCUAUCAAAAAAAAAAGAAGGAAUGAAGUCGGCUAAGUUGAGUUUCGGCUAAUGAAAUAAAGCGCUGCUGGUUUGGGUGGAAAAGUUUAGAAAGUUUAACAUCAAAUUUUGGAAGGUGACUUGUUUGUCGUAGUUCAUGCUGGAGGAAAAACCUCACAAAAGGAGUGAACAUGCCGACUGUCGUAGCAAAGAAAAGCCAUGUUAGCUUGUUCUUUAGGGGGGAGGAGCUGCGCUGCUGCUAAACAAUAAAACAUGAAACAACCAAAAAAGUCAACACCUGCUGAGAGAAACUGCUAAAAUAUCGGUCAAAUAGCUUUAUCCUUUAGUUUUCUCUCUGUCUUUCUGUGUGUAAAGCUUCUAGUCCAAAGAAAUCCUCCGCCUACCUGACCCUGCCGUCCUGCUGGCCACGCCCAAUGGAGGGGCGUGGCUUCUGGCUCAGGUGGUGGCGGCCAUUUUCCAUUCCCACUUGCAGUUCUGUCUGGAUGUAAAAAAACAGGCUAAACCUGCCAAACCAAAAAGAAAAAGGGUAUGAAACCAAAAAAUAACCGUCCCAAAGAGGUUUUCAUUGCUUGUUUAUUUUGAAGUACUUCAAAUUAUUUGCCAAUACUUUGUCUGUUAUUAUGACCACUUUGUUCCUUCCUAGGUUUUUGCAAUAUGUGAUUUCUUUAUUUAAUGUAAUUUAUGUUUUCUUUUUGUGAAUUAAUUUAAGUGAACAAAUUUUGUUGCCAAAUCUCCCUCUGAACCCUUUUCCCUCGACGAUGAUUAGCUUUGCCAAAGUUUACAUGUACGUUCCCUUUUCUUUCUGUUUGAGGCUGUAUUUAUUUAUGAGGUGUUUUAGAACACACUAGUUUUGUACUUAAUAAUAAUUUAAUGUUAUUUAAUUAGAUGUAAUUGCUUUUUGAUGAAUAUUUAUGAGUAUUUAAGAAUGUUAGUUGCAUCAAAGAUGCAGUGCUUAUGCCAGGCCUGUUAAUUUAUUCUUAGUUAGCUUUACUUUAAAAAGCAAAAUGAAAUGUUGUGUUAUGAAUGUUUAGACUUAAUGACAGAACAAUGUAGGAAUGUCAGAUUAGACUCGCGUACUUCUGAAUGUCAACACUUGCUCUCACUAUUUAGCCAAUCUAGUUUUUAUUUAUUUUUUUGUCCUGGGAAUGAUUUUUUGCUUUAAUUGUUUUUUGGGAAAUGAAAACAAUCUUAUGACAAAUAAUAGCCGACUGAAUGAUGAGCACUGCAUCUGUUUUUCUUUUGUGAUUUUUAUGGCUAAUUUAUUUUGCUGUUUUAGUUUUCGCAUCCUGCUGAUCAUUGCUGAACAAGCAAUGAAUUUCAGACUGAUGUUCUAGUGACACUUGAUCAGGUGACGUAAGGGCCACACGUUGAUAUAAACCGACUCUCCAAAGAUGACUGGAAUCCUUGAGAGGCCAAUAAACUGUGUGUGUUUACAUCCACGCAGCUCGGACACUGGUUACGCUCUUAUUUACGCCGCGAAACGAUCACGUUUAGACGUCUUCAAAAGCACCAUUUUCUGCCCGAACAAGAUGGAUUGCUGCGUGUAAACCAAACUCUUGUUGCAUUUUAGCAUCAAGAUGAUAAUUUUAUGUCAUUCAUUGAAGGCAAAAGAGGCUGUAAAUGGAAAAAAGCGGGUUUAACUGAGUAUCUGAGUGAUCAUAGAAAAACUUGCUCUUCGAGAUUCGAAAUUCAAUCAAAACCAUGACAUGGUGUUUAGUCUGAUACUAGCGAACAUAAAAUCAGUUAAUUUCCAACUUUUUCUGCGUCCCUCUGUUGGUUUGGGGGCUUAUCCGUGUUACAUUAUUGACGAUUUCAGUGUUUGACUGCGUGAAUGCAAACACACCGACUUGUUUUGCCCGUUAGGAAGGAAAACUGAGGAGUCCCUUAAAGCUAGCUGCUUCCAAGACUGACUUUGUCUGUGUGUAAAAAGAAAAAGGAAAAAAAAAAACUUUCUAUUUCAAUAGUGAGAACCAGAGAGGCUACCUCACUGACUUUCCAUUUGUCCUUUUAAUCGUGUUGAUGAAACCAAAGAAACCAAAGAUUUGUUUCCUCUUCGGUACGGUCUGCGCUCAGCUCCAUGCUUUUGUGCUUCAAUGACGAAGCCACAUUUUCUACCUUUUUUUAAUUUCCCCUUUGCUCUCGCUUUCUCUUUCUGUCUUUUCCCCUGUUUCUACCUUAGAUUCACAUCGCCUCUUCUCCUCAAAAAGAAUAAGUGUGACGAGGAGAAGGAGGCUGGUGUCAAGUAGCAUCAGGCCAGAUGCAGACUUAGAUUGUCGACAUGUUGAUUUAGUUGGUUUAAUCAGUCGUGCAGAUAUUUGCCUUGAAAUUCUCAUCAUUUUCAAUGACCUGUAUUAGGCACCCUCAAACUUAGUAAUUUGUCAGACAUUAAAAAAAGAUGCAGAUUUAUAAGAAAAGCCUCAAACUUAGGAGCAAUUGAUAUGCAGAUAAAUGGACCUCCAAGGUCUUUAUGUGCUUUAGAUGACCAUUUGACACAAAAUAAGACCACGAAUGACCAAAAACAAUGUGUUGCACUGUAAUACAACGGCAUCAGAGUUGUGGAACCUCAUUGGACUUAUGGUGCUAAAACUAGAUAAAAGUACAAGAACAAUAAAAGUACUCCUUCAACCAGGUACUGAGUUAUAAAGGAAGAAGUCUUUGCAUUCUCUUCAUAUCCUCACAUCCUGUUUCUUCAGCACCAGCAAGCUCUCAGGUCUGUUUUUAAUUAGAUGGCUAGAUGUUACCAACUUUGUGCUGCAAAGCAACUUUAAAGACGCAACGUUGCUGGGAUCCUGUGUUUUAGUGGCAGGAAGUAGGGAUGUUAAUGAUUAAUGAUUAUUGUGCAUUACUGUUUUAACAAAUUAAAAAUAUAUGGACUGAUAAAGACAUGCAUUUUAGGAAAUGGGUUGUAGAUUAGCUGUAGUACCUGGCUUCACCAUUAAGUGGAACCUCUUACUUGUCGUGACCCGAGGAGGUGGUCAUUUGGAGCAUUAGCUAGGAAUGGGGCACCAUGACAAAGACUUAUGUGGCGGUUAAUGACCUCCGACCAGCAUACAUUUCUUUAAGACAACUUUAAGGCUACUAAGACAGCAAAUCUACAAUAGAGGGCGGUUAUGAGGUAACUGAUUAUGCAGUAAACAUCAAGAUCCCAUGGUUAAACAUCACCUAAUUAGAAAUAUGUUCGCUAUACAACAUAAAGUUGAACAAUAAAUUGAUUUAUUAUGAAUGCUGAGGGUUACGAAAAUUUGCAUUCCUAUUAGAAAGACCAACAGACUGUGACUCUUGUAUUUGUCUAAAUUUGUAAAGUCUGGUGCAUACAGGAAAGGUUAAUAUUAACCCAUUACCUUCUAAAAAUACACCUAGACACCCAGUUUAUCUGCUGCAGUUCAUAGAGGACAUGUAUUAAAGCAUCAGCAUGCUGUCAUGUUCACAGUGGCAAUGCUAAAAUGUUGCUGGGUAACAUUAACCUUCUUCAUUUAGCAUGAAAAUAUUUGAUAAUUAGCACUAAAGACAAUGCACAGCAUCAGAAAUCAAAAGUCAGGGAAUCACCAGGAAUGAUUUUUCCCAUUGGUGCCGUGAAUAUCUGUUCCAGAUUUCAUUGCAAGCAACUUUUUACAAAUUUGAAAGUGGAAAAAAGUGGUGGAAAAGCACACCAGCACGAACAUCCCUACAGCCACAGUGUGGGUUUUGCUAAAAAUCCACUAGCAGUUACUUCAAUUAACAUACGGCUAAAAAUUCUUGGAGACCAAACAUGACACAUUUCCAAAAACAACAUUCCUCAGCUGUUAUUUCAGUGCAAAACAUCGCAAAUAACAACAACCUCAACAAAUCUGAGUUGUCGAUGUUCUUCUUUGUUCUGCUCUGGUGGCCUGACUGCAUCCACGAGAAAAAAAAAACCAUGACCCUGAGAUAGAUGAUGAUCUGAAAAUACUCCUAGGACCUUAUACUGAUCACACAUCUGGUUGGAAAAGCAAAACAAACUGGAGAGGAUUGUGAAGCGAAAGAGUCACAUCAUCUACACACAACUUCACAUACAUCAAAAUCAAGGCCCACAACACUACAUGUAAUCAUCUCCGUAAUCAUUAAUAUUUCAUAAUAGGAGCAAUAUGCAUACAGGAUUAUAAAUGUCUAUACAUCCAUCUGUGCCAUUUGGCUUCCCUUCUCACAAGCAUUUGGCUUAAAAAUCAAACAGGGAAGCCAAACAGCAGAGGAACCAAAGGAACCAACCUCUGAAAAUCGCAUCAACUGUUCAAACUCCUACUUUGCUUUUCCAAACCAGGCUGCUUCAGAAACACAGAUGUAGAGAGCGCUUUCGUUGCAAAGUAUGAGAUAACCUUGGAUGAGUGCCUUGCUUGAACCAAAGCGAAGUCUAGACCUCUCUGUUGUGCUGUAAACUUCCUAUUCCUGUGAAAAAGAAAAUACCUCAGCGCCACCGCCGUCGUAGCGCGGCUCAUGCGCCUGAGUUUCCUUUCUGCUCUCUGGAACUUUGCAAUGCAAUCAACCCAAAGACAUCCAGAGUUAAUACCAAAGGCUUCCUGUUCUGUUCUACUCCUCUCCUCUCGUUUUUUCUUUCUCUUUUCUGAGCUGGUUUCCACAGUUUGGUUUUCAGUGUAGCUGCAACAACCAAAAAAUGUAGAAUACCAGAAACUCAAGGUAGUCUGACCGUAUGGAAUCAAUGUAAAGAGGUAAAAAAGUUUGAUGUCAUGGUUUUCCGUUGAUGCGGAAGACCAAAGAGACUUACAAACUUUGGUAUCUCACUAUUGAUGAGUUCACAAAAGCUGUUUCUUCAACGUCACAAAAUUUGCUUAUAUAAUGUGUUAGCAAACCUGUUGCCUCAGUAUCAUCAAAUAGUUUUUUCAAGUUCAUAAAGUGUCAGGAGUACUACUGUGUCCUGAAAAUUAAUAUUAACAGUAUUUCCCAAUACCAGUUCACGAGAAAACAGGAUAGUUAUUUUGAAAUCUUGUCUUGUUGAAUCCAUGAUGGAAGCAUAAACCUGCCAAUUGGUUCUCUUGUGAUCAUAGCAUGCUAGCAAACCUGUUCUCUCUGUAUUUUCUAAUAUUUUGUCUCAAGUAAAUGUAAUGUUCAUACGAUUUUAGCAUUCUGAAAAUAAAUGUUCCCCAAGAAUUUUCCCCACAAAAAGAAGUUAUUCUAAAGUCUUGUCAUGUUGAAUCCAUGAUAAACGCAUAAUCCUGAGAAUUGGUUUUCUUGUGAUCAUAACAUGCUAGCAAACCUGUUUUCUCGGGUUAAAUUCCCUGUCAGGAUGAUGACUGCAUCCUGAAAAUUAAAAUAAACAGUGUUUCCUAACAGUUUCAUAAGAAAACAGCGUAGUUAUUUUGAAAUCUCGUUAUGCUGAAUCCAUGAUGAACGCAUAAUCCUGUCAAUUGGUUUUCUUAUGCUAGCAAACCCGUUUUCUCAGUAUUGUCUAAUAUUCUCUUCAAGUAAAUAUAAUCUGAGGACCAUUUUAGCAUUCUGAAAAUAAAUAUGAUGAAUUCUACUUCCCAAGAAUUUCUCAACAAAAAAAAAAGUUAUUCUAAAAUCUCGUUAUGUUGAAUCCAUGAGGAACUCAUAAUCCUGCCAACUGGUUUUCUUGUGAUCAUAACAUGCAAGCAAACAUGUUUUCUCAGUAUUAUCAAACAUUUCUUUCAAGUAUGAGUGAUGACUGCAUCCUGAAAAUUGAUGUAAAUAAUAUUUCCGAAGAGUUUCACGAGAAAACAGGAUAGUUAUUUUGAAAUCUCGUUAUGCUGAAUCCAUGAUGAACGCGUAAUCCUGCCAAUUUGUUUUCUUGUGAUCGGGAAGUUUCUUAUCACAAGAUUUCGAGUCUUUAACCAUAAACAAACCUAUAUAUUCAGCCAGUGUUGGUGGAAAUUCAGCUCUUUCUUUCUCCAUCCUCCCUUUUCCCUCUUUUCAAAUGGUUGCAAAGCUUUAAACGACGAAUAUACGUGGAGGCAAACUUGCGAGCGUUGUGCGCAGACCGUGCUCUCUUUACCAAACUGUUGCAGAUAUACCUCAUAGACACUAGUGUUAGGAUGAUGUUAUAAUAGCGUAUGUCAUAAAUUAUUCACUUGCUCUUCUUCCUUUUUUUUUGGAAACUGUAACUUUAAACCAAUGUGGGGAAAAAAAGCUUUAUACAUUUUUGAGUUGUGAUUUUUUUGUGAUAGUUAAAAAGGUGCGCUAAAACCAAAAAUUGAAAAAUGCUUGUCUUCUUCUUCUUCUAUGCUCUCUUUCUUGUUGAUAUAUUAUUGUUCUCCCUCCGUCCAAUCUGCCGAGGACAGAGGGUUUCAUGAUUUAAACUUCUAUUUCCAUUUUUUUUAAUCUCUGGUUCUUUUGACUGGGUUUUCGUCGCCCUCGUGUGGCUAUUUUUGGGAACAAAAAAUCUGUUCCAGCCCAGAAUAAUACGGCUACUUUGAUCUGUUUAUUUUGUAAAUUUCAUUUCAGGUUCAUUUCAAUGCACUUCUCUUUCAAAACUCAUUUUAGUGUCCUUCCUUCCUUGUGUUGUAAUGCUAGCAUCACAUUACAUAACCCAUACAGCAGUUCUAUAGCCCAGAUUUUAUGCAUGAGUAUAAUUAGCUAGCCAUGUAAUGCAUUGUGAUUCUUAUUAUUAACCUUAUUAUUACCAUCUUCUCAUUUCAUUCCCGACACGUUACGCUCUACACACAGAACUUUGUGUUGCAUUAGUUCAACCUCUGACCUGCUGAUGUAAAACAUGAUUGUUUGCUUCCAUUUAAAUCAGUUGCAGAGCGUGCAGCUAGCAUGUAGCAUUAGCAUCAACAGAGAGAUAGGAUCAUAAGGGUUCUGAUAGUUUAGGGGUAAAAUUUUCAGCUAAUUUGGAUACUUGACCUUCCCAUGACGUGUUGGACGUAUGAGCAGAUUCUGAUUGAAUUUAAAGCAACCUCAAUCCACGUUAGCUAGCUUAGCUUCUGCACAUACCAACACCUAAACCUGAAGUCACAAACUGUAACAUUUGGUGGUGUAGAAAAGUCCAAACUUUUUGACAAGGAAGCCCUUCUGUGCAGGGAAGGGAGUUGCUUCAAACUCUGUAUUUGCGCUACAAAGUUGAUCAUUUUAGCCACUGGGGGGCAGAACAUGACAUUUAGUGCAGAAAUCUGCAAUCAAAACCAAAGCAAGUCAUUGAAAUGUUUCAAGAACAAGAGCGAGAGAACAAAUGCAGUAAUGAACAAAUAGAAACUUAAAAGUUGUUCCACUCAAAGGGAUCAAAGUUAGCUUAACGUCGACUUAAAAGACGAGAACAUGUUUGUUGACGAGAUAAACUAAUGAAGGUGAUGAUAAAGUUACUUCAGUGUUUUAGCAAGACAAGAAUGUCAAAUGGCAAAUAUUAAGUAUGAACUUUAAGGUCAACAAGUUUGACCGAAGCGAUUGUAUUCAUGUCCAUGCAGUGUUAGCGAAAGACAAACAGAGCACUUCCAGUUUUACUUGUCUUCCAUUCUCGGUUAGCUUCUGAGCGCAAAUUCCAGAAAAAACAACAACGGACGAAGUAUUUAUCCCCAAAAAUAAACAGUCUAACUUUAUUCCCUUAAGAUAUUCCUAUUUAUAGUUUUUUUUUUUUUUUUGGAUAUUGAUGAAGUUGCACCUGUAGAUUUAUGUGCUAAAUGCUAAAACAUUAGCUUAAACCUGUGCUGAUUACAAUUUAGUUUUUGGACGAACCGGUUUCAUUUUGUAAAAUCGCGAACAUUAUAGUUCUUAAGUUGCUCAAAUACAAAACAACCCCAAAUCCAAAAGGACAAUAACUUGGACAAACAAGGUUUUGCUAGCAAGCUAACAACAUGAAACUAAUCCGUUAAAACAGAAGCUCCAGUCAGAACUAAACUCAUCUGUUUUGAUCCCAACAUCAGCAGUAAGAAGUCAAAGGUCAAAGAGGUGAAUCCAUGAUGUCAGUUUUUAAAUAAAAUCACAAUCAGUCCAUGUUUUAAGUUCCUACAGGAGCUGCGAUGGAGAAUAAUUACAGCAGUUCGAUCAAAUUAUCCAAUCACAUAUUUUCCCGCCAAAACCUCACUUUCCCCCAAAAUGGUACUUAAGUCCUUAUAUUUUUGGUUUACGGACAUUUUUUAUUUUUAUUUUUUCGCCUUUUCUUCUGCUUCCUUUUCUAUUUUCUUUGAUUGUUGUCAUAGAGUAAUCAGAAUGGAUCAAAUGAUGCAUUUUUAUUUUUGACAUUUGGUUGGAACAGAAAAAGAAGUGACUGCAAAAACUUGUGGUGUGGAAUAAAAUGAUGAUCAGACAUGAAGGAGAUAUUUGGAGAAUUUAUGUUGUUCCACUCUAUGUAUAAAAGAAGAAAAAAAAUCAAUAAAGAAAUCACAAUGGUCUUAUCCAUGUA